UUGAAAGAGGCAAUCAUUGCAUCUGCGGCCGGAGGAUUAGCAGCUAAACUUUUAUUGCUCCCUUUUGUGCGUGUGUGUCUGUGUGUGGAUGUGUAAAUGGAAAAGUCACCUCUCAAAGGGGGAAAUCUUUUAAAUUUCCCUUUGGCAGGUGCAGUUCAAGGAAGAACUCGUGAGCAUUUUGUCUGAUCCAUGAACUGAUUAGGGGAGGGGAAAAAGAUCCCUCUCCCCUUACUCUUCCUUUCCCAGUUUUGAAAUCCUUCUUUCCCCCGCACCGCCACCCUCCCGCCCUUCCCCUCCCCUUCCCCUGCACUGAAUGAAUGGAAGAGUCUCCAGGGUUUUCUUCUGCUUCUCGCCCCGGACUGGAGAAGUGAGGGGACAUCUCUCUAUCCUAAUCCACCUCUGUCUCGCUCCGUCCAUUACCGAGAGGAUUUCAGACGGUGCAAUGUGUUUUCAGCCUCUUGCCGCUGCUACCACUUGAUAUCAUGCUUACGCGCAGAGAGACGGUUUUGCAAAAAUGGAUUUGUUCGAUUUUAAAGGAUUUCUUCUCUAAUAAGGAUCGCAUUGCACACAAAUAUGACUAAAUCCCCUAUUUGGUAAAUCUUUCUUUCCCCACCCCUCCUCUUUGGGUUCCCUCCCGCCCGCCCCCACUCCUUCAGAGGAGCAAGCACAGGGAGCUGAUGACGGACCCAUUAAUCCCUUCUUCAAUGCAUCAAAAGAAGCCGAAGGGCUGGAAGUCGCUGGGCUCGGAGUCCUGCAGGAAAUGCUUCGAUCUGCUUUUGGUUUUGUAUGAAACUGGUGACUAGGGGCUCGGCUCGGCUCGCCCCGCCGCCGCCUCCCGCCGGCACCUGGAUGCGCGGGCCGCCGCCGCCUUGCCCGCCGCCGCGAUGCAACGCUCAUGGUGGUGCUGGUGAUAGCUCGGGUGUGAUGGGAUUGAGCCGGCGGUGAUUAUUUGAAGGCGGUGAGGGAGAGCGAGUGAGAGGAAGGGCUGCUCCGCUCUGCUGUGUGUGGGCUUCAGGAUAUUUUUUUUUUCUUCUUCUUCUUUUCCUACUUCCAUCCUCUCCCCGCCACUGGAAGUCCUCCCGUAUCUAAAUGGAAUUAGUGGAGACCGAAGCCCCUUGUGUAAGGAACAGACAUGACCCAUGGGCGCAGCUUCUUUCACAUUGUAGCAAGUCUAAUCAUCCUACAUUUGUCUGGGGCAACCAAAAAAGGAGCAGAAAAGCAAACUACUUCCGAAGGACAGAAACCAGUGCAGUGUGGAACUUGGACAAAAUAUGCAGAAGGAGGCAUAUUCACUUCUCCCAAUUACCCCAACAAGUAUCCUCCUGACAGAGAGUGCGUCUACAUUAUAGAAGCUGCACCUAGACAAUGCAUUGAACUACACUUUGAUGAAAAAUAUUCCAUAGAGCCUUCUUGGGAAUGUAAAUUUGACCAUAUUGAAGUACGAGAUGGACCUUUUGGCUUUUCCCCAAUCAUUGGACGUUUCUGUGGACAGCAAAAUCCACCUAUGAUAAAAUCCAGUGGCAGAUUCCUAUGGAUUAAAUUUUUUGCUGAUGGUGAGCUGGAAUCUAUGGGGUUUUCUGCUCGGUAUAAUUUUACACCUGAUCCAGAUUUUAAGGACCUUGGCGUUUUGAAGCCAUUGCCAGUUUGUGAGUUUGAGAUGGGAGGACCUGAAGGAAUUGUGGAAUCUGUACAAAUUGUCAAAGAAGGAAAAGCUUCUGAAACUGAAGCAGUAGACUGUAAAUGGUACAUCCGAGCACCACCCCGAUCCAAGAUCUAUUUGCGAUUCUUGGACUACGAGAUGCAGAAUUCCAAUGAAUGCAAAAGGAAUUUUGUAGCUGUCUAUGAUGGAAGCAGCUCUGUGGAGGAUUUGAAAGCAAAGUUUUGCAGCACUGUUGCUAAUGAUGUAAUGCUGCGGACAGGUCUCGGAGUGAUCCGCAUGUGGGCAGAUGAAGGCAGUCGAAACAGCCGAUUCCAAAUGCUCUUCACAUCUUUCCAAGAACCCCCUUGUGAAGCCAACACAUUCUUUUGCCACAGUAAUAUGUGUAUUAAUAAUACAUUGGUCUGCAACGGACUCCAGAAUUGUGUGUAUCCUUGGGAUGAAAACCACUGCAAAGAAAAAAGAAAAGCUAACCUAUUGGACCAACUUACCAAUACCAGUGGGACUAUAAUUGGGGUGACUUCUUGCAUUGUGAUCAUCCUCAUUGUUAUCUCUGUUAUAGUACAGAUAAAGCAGCCUCGUAAAAAAUUUGUCCAAAGGAAAACAGACUUUGAUCAAACUGUGUUCCAGGAGGUGUUUGAGCCUCCUCAUUAUGAGUUAUGCACCCUCAGAGGGACAGGGCCUACAGCUGACCUUGCUGACGUUGCAGAUGACUUUGAAAAUUAUCAUAAACUGCGGAGAUCAUCUUCAAAAUGCAUUCAUGACCAUCACUGUGGAUCACAAGUGUCUAGCAUUAAGGGCAGCCGUAGUAACCUCAGCACAAGAGAUGCUUCUGUCUUGACAGAAAUACAACCCCAGCCUGUAAAACCACUCAUUCAGCCCAUGAACAGGAGAAAUAUCCUUGUCAUGAAGCAUAGCUACUCACAAGAUGCUGCAGAUGCGUGUGAGAUAGACGAAAUUGAAGAGGUACCGACCACAAGCCACAGGCUGUCCAGACAUGAUAAAGCUGUUCAGCGGUUCUGCCUCAUUGGGUCUCUAAGCAAACAUGAGUCUGAGUACAACACAACUAGGGUCUAAGACACAAACGAGACUGCUUGAGAAUAGUGCGCUCCUGGGUGAUUUUGAACAUGCUACAAUGAAAUAUGAAACUAUCGUCCUUGGAAACACCAGCUAGAGGUUUUAUGGACCCUCUGACCAACUAUUCUCAUAUCAUGACAAAAUUCAGCAAGCAGUGUUAAGUAAAAUUACUAGAAGGCAAUAAGACUUUGGUUAUUAUGCUUAUCGGUCAUUUCUCUUUUUCUUUUUUCUCUCUUCUUUUCGUUGCAAGUUAAAUUCCCAAUUUCAGGAACAAUUUAUUGAAAUCAGGUAUUUAGCCAUUCAUAAUCACUUCAAUAGAAAUGUUUGUUGGAUAAGCAUCUAGCAAUAUGACUGAAUUUGACAUUAAGAAAAUAAUCUGCAUGUAUGUUACUGAAUAUUUGAGUUGGCAAAAAUCCCUUUGUUAGAUGCAUUGUAAAAAGCAUGCAUUCACAAUUAUUGCUGUUACUAUUCCAUUUCUGUGUCAUAUGCUUGCUACUUGUAACUUUUUAUAUAAAGAUACAUAAAAUGAUGUAUAAUAAUUUCUUACCUUGAGUUUAAUGGCAACGUUUUCUUUUACCAAAUUAUCAAACCUUGUGUAAUUUGGAAGAUUAAGCUCAAAAUGUAGCUUCUAGGAACUUGAAACCCUGAUACAUCGCAGAAUCAGCUGUCUCUCGCCCCUCACUUAUUUAAAAGCAAAAUACACUAUUUUUUUAAGAUCUAAAUGAAUUCAUAACACAUAAAGUUGAUCACCUAAACCCAAUUAAAAGGUUUAUGGUAAACUUUUUGUUCAAUUCUGUACUUGUAACUAGUUUAUUUCCAUGGCAAUUAUUAGGAAGUUUGCUUCAGUAUAGUAGAGCAGCAGAUUUUUUUCAGGUAUACAAAUGUUAUGGCUGGGCUCCAGUUUUAGAGAUAGAAAUACAAACAACUUCCUUAUGCAAGAUAAAAUUACAUUCAUAAUUCAAGCUAUAAACAUGAGUAACCAACACCAAAAUCAAACCCGAGAGGUUAAGUUAGUAAGGAAUUAUUGUAAGUGGAAAAGCCACAAUUAUGUAAAGUUGAAAACCCCCUCAUUUAACAACUCAAUAAAAAUGCAUAAAAUCAUAGAUUCAUUAUCUAUUUAAAGUGUUAUCUUCCCAAAUUCUGUUUCUAAACAAAUUCCAGUUCCUUCUUAAACAUGCUGUGUUGUUCAUGGUUGUUAGGUUUUUCUGUAUAUAAAUUGUACUGGUUAUAUUGAAAAAGUGGGAAGAAUUCCAUGUAUCUUCCCAAAGCAUAUAUAGAUGGCAAAAGAGAAAACCUGAGAGACUGACAUAAAAAAUAAGGUGAUCUAUAUCAGCUGUUGAUUGAAAUACGUAGUAUAUAAUUUACAUAAUUAAAAAUAUAGGAAAUCUGAUUUCUACAAAACAAUUUCUACAAAUUUGAUUUAGGAAUGACAUGAGAAGAAGAAAGGUUUCAGAUAUUUUCCUCCUUUUAUGUACAGUAUAUUUGCAAUGUGGUUUACAUAAUUUGAUUUGAACUUAAUUUGUUAUCACAUAUUAGCUGCAAAAACCAGUCUUCUGUCUUCUGCAGUCAUCGAAAUUCAUUGAGUCAGUGCUGUUACAUGGAUUUUUAGCAUGCACUAAUAGUUCAUUUCCAGAUCAGUAUCUCUUUCCAAGUCCAUAUACUUUACCAUUUUUUUUUCCUUAAUCAUUCCAAGUCCUAUUUCAUGAUCUUUUCUUCAGUAUAUCAUGUUAAGAUAUUUGCCACAUCCAUGCAUCCAUUAUAAAAUCAAGGAAGAAUGAAAGGCUUGCUGAAAGAAAUGCAUAUACAUGCACACACAUUUAUGUAUAUUUAUAAAUAUUUCCUAAUGGAGAUAGUGUAUAAAAAUAUAUAUAUGAGAACUCUGAAUAUGUAAAUUUAGCUUCAAAUGAAUUAUAUUGGUCACCUAGAAAAAUGCUGAAGCCUUGGAUUUUAAAGUUGCUACAUAUUUAAGUGCCUAAAACUCACUGAAGCAUAGAGUUGGUCUAGUCCCUCCUAGACAAGCACACAAUGAAAUCCAUUUUUAUGAUAUUUCCAGUGAAAGUGUUGACUGAGAGAAUGUAAAUGGUGAAGACAUGGCUAUUAAUAACUAUGUGGCAUGCACAUCCUUUCUUAAAACACUAAUUGCAUCAGGGAAAAUGAGUGAGAAACAUAAAAAUCUGUGUAAAUAAAGCAUGUCAAACAAAGUGACAAUGCUAAUGCUUACUUGAUCUUGGAAACUCCUUAAGAAACAUGUUGUCUAGUAGCUAGAUAUAACCUUUAACAAAAACUCCAGUGUGUGAGAAAAUGUGAAUACUGGGGGAACAGGGUCAAAUUAUAAAAUUAUCUAUUAAAAACUAAACAACAACAAACUCAAACCCAAAUAAACAUUCUAGCUGAAAUAUUUAAUUUUAAGAAAUUAUAUGCUGUAUAUAGUCAGUGUAAAUAAUAGCCUAGUUCACUAUACUGCAAACGGUAAAGAUAACUUUGGUUGGUAUCACACAACAGUAAGAUAUCUUAAUGUGAUCUCUAAAAUUCAAAAUAUUAAAAUAGAAAGAGUUGCUGCUGAAAACAGUUUGCCUUUCCUAUGAGUAUUUUGUGUUAUUAUGAAGCCACUUUUUAAAAAACAGAAAACAUUUCAAGCAAGCUAGUUCAAACAGACAAGCUAGUUCAAACAACUUCAAGUUCACCCAAGUUCAAUUAGCUAUAGAGAUAAUACUCAAAACCAGUAUUUGACCACAAAUUAUAAGUGAAAUUUAACCUAUUUAUUAUACCUUUUCCAUUUUAUGGAAAGAAGGUUUAGUUUGUUAAAUAACACAGCUACACGUAUUCUGUAUAACAAUAUAGCAAAUUACUGUGGCUUAUCUGAGCUGGUAUUGUUAGCUUCAUGCAUUUUACCUCAUGUUUGCCUUAAACUAAAACUAAGAUGGUAGUUAGUAGGCGAUUUUUGUGCAAUGUGUGUGAUGUAUAGCCAUGUUGCCAGUACGCUUAUGGGUUUUUUUUCAUUUUUUUCAGAUGAGAUUUUAUUAUCACAAUGCAUUGCCAUAUUGUUCAUAGUUUUUCUUUUUUCUUGUUCUUUUUCCCGUGAGUGUAGUGUUAUGUAUAUGCUUUUCUUUUUAGAUGAUUGUAUGAACAACCAUUUUUCUCCACACUAGGAAAUAAGGCCUUUUCAGUUUGUCAAGUCUUCUUUGCAGCAUCAUUUAAAAAUCUCAGGAAGUCCAUUUUGUAAACCAUUCCAGUGUAAAUCUUUCCUAUCUUCCUAAUUCUAAAAAUAGCUUGAAGAAAAGAAAAAAAAAAAAAAGAAAAAAAGGAAAAAAAAAAAAAAGCUCUGAGAAAUUAUAGUACCUUAUCCUUCUAUUUUUCUCCAUUCUUAUACUGGAGAUAUUCUCCUGAACCUAGCAACAAUGUAACCAAUGGGAGGGAAUUAAGAGAAAGUAGAAAGGUUGCCUGACCAAAAGAAACUGCUAGCACAAAAAGAAAAAAAAAAGGCAGACAAAAGAAACAGAGAAGUGUAUGCUAAUUAGAAGAAGAGUAUGAAGGAUUAUUGCUCAUACCCAUCCACAAAUUCACAGAAACAUUUAGCACAUGUAAGUUCUUUAGCCACCAAAUAAAAAUGUACUGUCCGUGUCCAGCUCCAAAAGACACCCCUAACACCUGUGCUUUAUGUAACACUGUCUUGCAAACAAGAAGUUGGCCUUUUCUGUUUUCUUGUCUUCUACUUCAUGUGCAACCUCCUUGCUACCAGAAAGAUAUUCCAGCUGAGGGAGCAGAGCUGAAGGGCUAAGUGAUACAAAGGACAAAACCUGCAUCAUUCAAAAAUCUUUUUAACACAGAAGUCUGCAUCUGAUCUGGAAGUCUCUUAUCUCCUCACUCCUGACUCAACAUUUGAUGUGACGUUCUGGACCCAUGGCUCCACUGCUCUUUCUCGUCAUUACCUUAGCAUUAUCACUCUUUACUCUGAUGAUCAUUUUACAUCUUUGUCACUGCUGCCUUUCAUUUCUGUCCACAGUGACUUCAGUUCUGUUUCCUCCUCCAAAUUCACUGAAAAUGCUGAAUUCCUAUCAGCUUACUGAGCUUGUGUCACCCUUGCAUCCACCUGGCUCUUUUCCAUCUAUCACUUCAGAGCCAUCUUAAGCUUACCUUGUCUGUAAACAGCAAAAUGAAAACAUGUGAUUGCAGUAUAUUUUAAUUGCCUUUAAUUUAUGCAGCACCACAAAAGCUAUGAAGAUGCAUUGGAAUGGAUUGGAAUAUGGGCUUACUAGGGAUGCUGGAUUUGUAUUUUAGUGACUGUGCAUCAGUGUUGUCUGUGCCAUCUACCUCUGAGUUGGCAUGCCUACUCCUACUAUAGUCAUACUUCAAUGUGCUGCAAAGAGAAACUCACCUCCACACCUUUUUCUCUCCCAGUGACACCUGCACCAUUGUCAAGCCAAGUUUUGUUUCAAGUGCUUCUAUGUUUUCUCCUCUGAUGCAUUUAUAUUAGUAUGCCCCUCCACACAACAUAAAUCCCUGUCCUAGCCUCCUUGACAUGCCUAUUAAAACACGUUUGAGCUGCAUAGCCUGGCAAACACUUGCCAGUGGUGCGGCAGAGCUACCAUCAGCAAGGUAAGAACAUCAGCUACCAGGAGAAGCAGGAGUUGCUGCUUCCCUCCAUUUUCUUUCCCAGGAAAAGGAGUCGUGCUGAUCCACAAUCAAGCCAUCUUGGUCACUAUGGGAAAAAAAGAGAAGCUGCCAUCCCCUUCAAGCAACAAACCAUAACUAGGAGUAGAGAGACCAUUUAAGCAGCCCAUGAUGAAAAA